ACACUCGCGCACACGGAAAAGAGAGGACCAACAUGGCUGAAGCGGAGGGAAGCGAGAUAACUUCUGGGGGGAUUUUUCAGGAGAUUUUCACUUCCCCGUUAAACUUGACGCUGCUCAGCCUCUGCUUGUUCCUCCUGUAUAAGAUCUUCCGCGGAGACAAACAACCGGAGCUGGGUGAUGUGGAACCGCCGUUACCGAAAAUGAAAAGGAGAGAUUUCACUCUCGCGGACUUGAAGCCCUACGAUGGAUUGCAGAAUCCCAGGAUCCUCAUGGCUGUCAACGGUAAAGUGUUCGACGUGACCCGGGGAAAGAAGUUCUACGGACCAGGUACGUGAACGUAGCGCAGACUGACUCUCGUGAAAAGUACGACCUGUUCUGUAACGUCCAUCUCCUUUUAACGGACGUAACGUCAGUAACGACUGCGAUCUUGAAGUAGCCGUUUGUGCAAAAGUAUUUUCACUUUUGUAACAUUGUUCUGCCGUAACUGUCACAUGUAAACCAUCUAUUAUGUUAUACAAAUUAUGUUUUUUAACUGCAAGUUUACGCCACUCCCCUUCAGUUUGAUAGCUGUGAUCCUGUUUCACAACAGACGAGCAGACUUGAAAUCAGAGAUCGUCAAUGCAAGAAGUGGAGUCACUCUGUAUUAAAAGUACAAAUGUAUUUAAGUAUCAUUGUAAUUAAGUAAAAAUUUAAAAAAGACAAACGGUGGUUUGCCUCAAAAAGCCACAACAAAAAGAGACAAAAAAGAAAAUGUUCUCGCCUCUAUAUAGUUUAGAAAUACUUAGGACAUUUUAGACUGUAUAUUUUUGAGCGUUUGAAAGACUGCUUAGUAGGGGUGGGAUAAAAGUAUCGGGAUUUUUAUUUUUCUUAUUUUUUGUAUUUUAUUUUAUUACAAUUUUAAAUCCAUUUUUAUGUUCAAUUUUUUUUUUUCAAAUGGAAGAAUAAAUCUUAAAAACUGACUUUCAUGUGAUGUGUAUUUUUUGGUGAAAUAUAGUUCCUGAAAUAGUCAGUAGGAAAUCAGAAUCAUUCAACUGUUUCACUGGUGUUAAAAAUGCAGACUAAAAAUCGAGGAAAUCGACAAUAUCGUACAGUCGCAAUUUAAAUCGAAUCGGCAUACAAAACAUCGUAGAAGAAUGGAAUCAGGAGAAAAGCAUAUCGUCCCAGCCCUACUGUUUACUGUGACUUUGUGUAUAAAGUUCCAGGGCAUUUAUGUGGGUUUUAUAUUUCAAACAUUAGUUUACUCCAACCGGUUUUACCUUUUGUGUCAAUGUGAUUUUUUUUAGUUUGUGUGGGUCUUCUCAGAUUCUGGUUGUUGCUCCCAGGCAAAUAGUUAAUAAAAAUGUUAUGAUAUAAUCUUCCAGGUGUCAAUUUCCCCUUGAUUUUAUUUCAUUACUUUUUUUAAACAAACAGGAAAAAAAAGAAAACAGCGGUCACUGUUUAUCCAGUACAGUGAAGAGAGAGGAAAAGCUUGAUGGACCAUUGGUUGGGUUGUUCAAAAGAAAGUCAAAGAAAACUCACCCUCACAGUCUUACAGGAAAUAAUUUAUAAUAUCGCUGGAAUUUCUGUAAAGAGAAGAAUUUGUCUUGGAAAAAAAUAAAUUUUGUCUGCAACAGUUCUUAAUUUUAUGUCAGGCUUCAUGUUUCUGUUUCCUGGAAACGCAUACAGUGUAAGUCAUCACUGUUUUAUCAUGUCUCAGAUGUUACCUCUGUUGCCUGUAACCUCUGACCAACAUGAUAACUCACUGUCAUGCUUACUUUUCACUGCACCACACUCUGCCCUGAAGCCUAAAACCUUGGAGAGUUGGCGGUUCACAGUUUUCAGAGCAUUAUUCAGGGACAUUCUGUGUUUAAUGUGGCGACUGGUUUCCUUUAAACAUGUAAUGUUCAGGUUUGGCUCGGAUUGGUGUUUUUAGCCUGCUGAAAUUUUGCUCUGUUGUAAAAGUGAACUACUUUUUACUUAUCUUCUGAAUACUAAACAAACAAAGUUUUAAAUGUGAAAUUCUGUCUUGAAAUGAGCAGCUUCUUGUUAAACUUAAUGUUGAAAAAAUAAUAUCCAGUUUAUAAAACAUUUGGUCACUUGUACCAGUGUUUCUUUUCUUUUUUUCACAUCACCCACUUUGUGUCUGGGCUUUCUUGCAGAGGGACCAUAUGGAGUGUUUGCAGGCAGAGAUGCGUCCAGAGGUUUGGCCACAUUCUGCCUGAGUAAGGAGGAUCUGAAGGACGAGCAUGACGACCUGUCUGACCUGAACAGCAUGCAGCAGGAAAGCCUCUCUGAGUGGGAAUCUCAGUUCACCAGUGAGUGUGUCAGAUGAGAAGGCAUCAGGUUUUAAAACUAGAACAAGACAAUAGACAAUAACACAAAAAAUACGCUGGAAAACCCAAAGUAUUGAAAAUGUAAAAGUUUUCAUAAAAAACAUUCAAAUAUUUUGAAAACACAAAAUUCCUGGUCAUAUAUAAACAUUUGUGACUGAUUCUUUUAAACCUUUCUUUUUGUACCUCUUUCUGAUAAAUAUUUUUAAGUUGCAAUUUUUGUCCUUAACCACUCCUUUUUUUUGUCUUUCCAGUGAAGUAUGACUAUGUUGGUAAGCUCCUGAAGCCUGGUGAGGAGCCCACAGAGUACACAGAUGACGAGGAGGGAAAAGACAAAAAGGAGGACUAGGACGUGCGACGUGGCUGAGAGGGAAAAAACAACAGAUGCCUUAAUGUUCCUGUGAAGUUUUGAUGCUUCCUUUUAGGACCAUUCAGAGAAAACUCAGACCUGCAUUCUGUUAUUUUGGGUCAUCACAAUACCUGAAUUUAUACCCUGACUGAUUUCCAUGUUUAUUUGAACAGAGUCACAUUAUAUGUACACUUUGUAGUGAUGUAGUCCUAGUAGUUUUGUUUGAGUUAAGCCAAAUUGACUCGCCUUUAGACUGAUUUAUUGACCGACCAAUCCCAGCGUUACACCCCAGCACUGAUAGCCGUAUGCCCUGUAGGUUAGGGGUUGAUGCUAUCAACAGUUCUCUUGUAUAAAACUUUGUUAAUACCGCUGGUGAUGUUAUUGUAGAUUGUACACAUUCCUUCAAUCACAAAGUUCAGCUCAGCUGGCGUUGAAAUGAAUCAUCUCAGGAAGUGGUGUAAUUUUAAAGACAUGCAUGAAAGGACUGAAGAUAGAGCCAGAGGUGAAAAGAAAUAAAUGUUCAGUGUUUCAUAAUACCUGGAUGUAACUAUCAGAACUACAUUUGUUCUUAUUCUUCCUCUUUAAUUCUGCCACAGUCACCUCAGUUAUAGUAACAUGAGGCACACAAAACACAAAAUAAAAACAGAAAAGCAUACUUAUACUGUAUAUUUGGAGCAAAAUUAGGCUUAUUAUUAUGCAUUGACCAUGCAGAUAUCUGCUUAAGUUCUGCAAAUGUGAGCAUUAUUAUCUUGUGCACAAAAAAUGAAAGCAAUCCCAAGAUUUCAUAAACGUAAACCCAGUCAGUAAUUUUUGGAGCAUGGUUUUUGACUCUACAGUGAAAGAGAUCAGUAGAUAGUAUGAGCCAAUCUUAGAUUGACACAAUUCUGGGCUGAAAAUUUGCAGUUCCUGAUGAAAAGCAGAAGCAGUUAAACUAACGGAAAGCAGAUAAGUUAAUGCAGAAUUAUUUUAGCACUUAUGUGCAUACACCGAAGCACUGAUAAACAGCUCAGCUUUUCUUUUACACAUAUGUCUGCACCACCUACAUGUGUGAGCUAAAUUCUGUCUGUCUGAAUUCCAUCCACUUUUCCAAGAAGUUUUGUACAUGCUGAAUAUAAAAAGAUGAUGAUGAUGGAUAGAUAUUUGUGACUGUAAACUCCUGUUUAUGUCAGCCGUUAUCCCCAGUCAUGCAUUUCAUAUUUUCUGCAAUUUUUUGUUUAAUUUGGAAACCUCAAAAUGACAAUCCAGGUUAUUGCAUCAGCAGAGCCAUUGUAGUGAGAUCAUUCAAAGUCUAGUUUUAAGUAUUUAGCAUCAAUUUUAUAAUCAAUUUACCUAUAUUAUUAAAAAUACUGUAUAAACCAUUGUCUAGUUUAAGUGUCUGAAAUGUGAAAUUUUCUAAUAUGCUUUAUACAACUUGAAUACAGUUAGAUCUUUGACUGUAGGUCAGGAGAGUAAUGUGCAAUGAUUUUAUAUAAAACCGUUAAUGCAUAAAAGAUAUGAUGUUAACUAUAAUAAAGAUACAGCAUCAUGAGGAAGCUGAAGCCAAAAUAAUGCCAGCAAAAAAAAAAAUUAAGUCUUAGAAAUUCAAUUUUCCAAGUGUCAUAAUCGCAGUUAUUCCUCACCAAAACUGAUGAUUUUUCUGCCUUCAUCAAACUUAAAUCAUUAUUGAAACCAAGCAAACAUUUACUUUGAGGCGGCUACAUGUCUUUUUGAACUUUUUAUUUUCCACCAUAAAACACUAAUUUCUAUGAGCGCGCUAUGUACUAAUGACUGUAGGCUGUGUGUCAUAUCAAUUCCUGAACAUGGAGGCAUUGUUCCAGCAACAUUUUGAAAAGGCUACAUUAUGUAGUUACUAGGCUUUAAGCCCACAGAUGUGGUUUUUCAGAAACUAUAUUUACAUGGAUAAAGUGUUCAUUCAUCACAUCCAACGAUGUGGAAGAAGUUUGUAUUUAGCUGACUGGAGAAAACUGUGUGGUGUAUCAUUUGUGAAUAUUUUUCCAUGCGUAAAGCUGAGGUUGUGACUUAAAAACAGAUUUAAUGAGGGAACAGUUUGAUAUUGCAUGUACAACACAAACUUCACGUCAUAAUGCUAUAAUAAUCUUUAAAAAUGUAAUUUUGAUUUAAUAAAGAGAUUUUAAAAAUUGAG